AUGCCGCCUCACUCAGAAUCACACACUCCCCUCUCUCCGUCUACCCCGGCCCCUGACUCCCCACGCCGAUCGUCGAUUCCCACACCCCCUGUGGAGACCGAUAACGCCCACGAUGACAACGUGAACUUCCUGCGAUCGCGUCCAGCUCUUUUCAAUCCACUACUACCUUCCCUGAGCCGCCAACGUCGCCGCCGUUAUCCGAUCAACCCAGCCCUGCAAGACGAGGAUCGCAUGGAGGUGGAUGACCCAAACAACCCGCGCGCCUCAGCCGAACCAAAUCGUCGCAUCCCUAUUGUCCGUCGCCCGGAAGAGAGCACAACCGAUAUGCCAAAUUACGAAAGUCAGGUGCCCAAUUCACGGUCGUUGUAUGGAUGGGCACCCGGAUCAGACUAUGAGGAUGCCGUUGGCAGGGAAGACUCCGGAGACGACGGACUGCGGCCGUUCCUCGAUGCCAUCUCCAGUCACGGCACAGCGCCCCGACCUCCACGACAUGAGGCACCAGCUGCCCCACUACGGAUAAUGCAUGACUUGGAUACAUCACCCGGUAACCAGGCCCGGUCACCCUUGCAUUCGGUGGCAGUGCCGUCACAGUCCUCAAGGCGCCACCCUCGGCUUUCAAGAUCUCGAACCUGGGUGAACUACAUGAUAGAUCGCUACACAGAGGACAGUCUAGCGGAUGACGCCGAAAACACCGGGACACCUGCACCUGCAGCUCGCUCUCGUCCAUCCCGUCGCACUGACUCACAGCACACCAACCUCACCCACAAUGACCUCCGCGCUCGCGCUGCCGCUCAUCGCCAACUGCACUCCGAUACAUACCUGACCAACGUGCUGAAGGAAACGAUCAACUAUCUCGAUCGUCUUCGGUACUCGAACUCUCUCGAGGAGAGUCUACUUGCCGCGGCGGACAGUCGCUUGCCGAUCGAGAUGGACAACAACUCGUGGCGAGAUACGGAUUUCAUCCUAUACACUCCCAACAUUGCCCCACCAGCGGCAUGCUCAUGGCUUCAGCCCGGCAUGGCAUUUAUGGGCUGCCAGCGAGCCUCAAGUGCCGGGUGUUCCGUGGUGCCACCAUCGGGUCCAAGUUCGCAGCCCCCCGGUGACCCCGUCAUUGUGAAUGGUAGCGACAGCACCCGAGUCAGCGUGUCCACUUCCAGUGGGCGCCGGUACUUGACCAACAACCGAGAAGAAAAUUGGCCCGUCAAGGUCACCAUCCAUCACAUCAACCACGAUGACAUGACCUUGUCUGGCACAAUGGAAGCCUACAACAUCCCCGAUAAACCCUCGCCUACGCGGGACGCACAUAUUGUGACUUUCCUGGAAGGCGAGAUCAUUGAUUUCAACAAACACACGCUCGAGACGAAGAAUUUCAAAGCAGAUGCAGAUAUUGAUAGCACGUACUGGCGUGAACUGCAACCAUUCAAAAACCUGACGGAUGGCGAGAUGGCCCGGAAUCUCGUCAGUCGGAAAUGGAUCACUGAGGAGUUGUCCAAGGGGUGGAUCUUGAUGCGAUGGAAGGAACGAUGCUUUAUCACCCCUACCGAUGCCCGUCAAGGUCUUACAAUCUCUGGAUUCUACUACAUCUCCCUUCGCCGUGAAGACGGGCAUAUCGAAGGACUGUACUAUGACCCCGGAAGCUCGCCUUACCAACAGCUUUCUUUAAAGCCGCAAUUGAAGAGAAUGAUGCGUCCUUCUUAUGCAUUCCGCUAA